CUCGUUUAGUGGUUCCAGAUCGGUUUCAUGUUCAUCAAAAUGGUACAAAACCAAAAAAUACGAGUUAUUCGUACCACCCUGCGAUCCACGACGAGGCUUUCGUGAGGAGGAAGCAAAGGCGAAACAGGACGACGUUCACACUCCAGCAGCUGGAAGAACUGGAAAACGCCUUCGCUCAGACGCACUAUCCGGACGUUUUUACAAGGGAGGAUUUAGCCAUGAAAAUCAACCUGACCGAGGCCAGAGUUCAGGUCUGGUUUCAAAACAGGAGGGCCAAAUGGAGAAAGGCGGAGAGGUUGAAGGAAGAACAGAGAAAAAGAGAAGAACAAGAAAGGGAUGAGCAGCCAUCAAAUCAAAAUAAGGAGGUCGUCGUAGACGACAAUUCAGUCUGCUCCAGCCCAGGAGUAACCGGAGGAGCGGAGGAUUCGCGUCCCCUGACCCCGCCGUCGGAUCAGCAGAACAGUCCACAGAAGUCUCCCGUGUCUAGCGCUGCGACGAGUCCUGCGGCUCCUAACAUCACUCCGGCAUCGCCUCAUCAAUUCUCGCUCUUUUCUCCUUUCUCCAGCGACGGAGUUGGCUUCCGCCCUGUGUCGGAAGCGGGCCUUCCUUCGAGGAAUCCGCCACUGUUCUUCCCGCCGCAGUUCGCUCCCCCGCUGUUUCCUGUUAUAAAAGGUCAUUGUUCUUGUUGCCCGGACGAUUCGAGGAACGGUUCCAGCUCGAACGGCAGCGGCUCGUCCACAGCAGCGGGUCACAGUUCUGCUGCUGAACUCCGGAGAAAGGCACAAGAGCACUCAGCAGCCCUGCUCCAUUCCUUGGCGACCUUUCACCAUUCGCUGCCCCUUCUCCCGUCGCUCUCGUCGCUUCACGCCGCCCUCAAAGGGACGCCGCCCCCGCCGACGCACCUCCCGCCCCCGUUGCCGCCGCAUUCCGCACCCUCCUCUUCCGAAUAGGAACCAUCCAAAGGAAUAAUUGAUGACAAGCACUUCUCAACGGCUGAGAGUGUAAAAUACGAGUGUUCAACAGGAUUUAUUUAACACUGUUUGUGGCGGAGAAAUGGCAUUUUUACGUUUAAACCGAACUGUAUUUAAUCUCGACUAGAAAAUAAACGGCCUCGAUGAAAAUUAGGAAAUCAACAGAAUGAGUUCUUCUCGAGGGGUUUUAGUAGCGUCUUUUUUUUAUAUCGAGGUUUUCCGAUCUAAUGCUUUGCAGCAUUGUUCUAAAACAACAACAAAUGCCUAAAAAACCGCCACCUUUGCCGAAGCGAAUCAAAAUGUAAUUAAAAAUAAAAUAAUUUAUCUAUUAUAUAUUACCGUGCGCAGUUGGCUGUGAUAUACAAAUUCUUGCAAAAAAAAUCGAAACCGAAGUGUUAAAAAAAUGGACUUUCUUCAAAUUUUAGUACUUAUGCUAGUUGAAAUAUCAAAUUUCAAUACAGAGUCUGUAUAUCAAACAAUUCACCGUGGUAAAGCAGAUUUCACUAAAUAAUUAAGUCUUUCCAGUCAACACUCUCUAGAAAAUACCCCAAAAAAAAUCUUUAGCCACUGCCGGAUUUGCCGUAGAUCUAGUUAUAGAAACGUAGGUAUAAAAAUAAAAAUAAUCGAGUGCAAUGUAGUCUAUGCUUAAAUCAAAUCCCAAAAGGAGCCGACAUGCGAAGGAAAAUAAUUUAAAAAAAAACAUUAUGUAUAAAUUGCCAAAGAAUGUAUAUAGAUGUUAUAAA